AUGCGCCGAUUAUCUCCGUUACUACGACAUUCAAUACCAUUCAAGAGGCCUGGCGGCUAUCGAUAUCCGCCAACCAGGAUCCAAUGGCUCUCAUCGACGUCUCUACGGCGAUGCUCAUGCUCUGACCAACAACCACAGCAACAGCCCCCCGAAAAUCAAGCUGCAUCCUCGGCCGACUAUCGCGCUCUAGGAACAGCUCAAGACCUCUUCACCACAUCUAUCUACAGUCCCGGAUCACCUCUAUUCCUUCCGAACGGCACUCAUAUCAUCAACAAGCUUAUCUCUUUCCUCCGUACACAAUACCUCCAGUAUGGGUUUCGCGAGGUCCUGACGCCGACAAUCUACAAGCAAUCGCUCUGGGAGGUUUCAGGCCACUGGAAAAAUUACAAAGAUGACAUGUACGAAGUACGCGGGCGUGGGGCCCUGGGAGAUACAGAGGGGGAUGCUGGGGAGGACGAGUCCUACGGGCUAAAACCGAUGAACUGCCCGGGACAUUGCUUGCUUUUCAAGUCACAGAACCAUUCAUACCGCGAGCUUCCUAUACGUUAUGCCGACUUUAGUCCGCUACACCGAAACGAGGUUUCUGGUUCGUUGAGCGGCCUCACGCGUGUUCGGCGAUUCCACCAAGAUGACGGUCACAUCUUUUGUCGACCGCAACAAAUCAAGGGGGAAAUCAAAUCCGCGCUUGGAUUCGUCGACUUGGUGAUGUCAACAUUUGGAUUAGGGCCAUAUCGAUUGGUCCUGUCGACAAGGCCUGAGAAGGAUUUCAUCGGCGAUCUUCAGCUGUGGGACAGUGCGGAAGCUCAGCUGCGCGAAGCUCUAGAUCAAACUGGAAAGGAGUGGGCGAUUAACGAAGGCGAUGGUGCAUUUUACGGGCCCAAGAUUGAUAUUCAGCUACAGGAUCAAGCUGGAAAGUAUCAUCAGUUGUCUACUAUUCAGCUGGACAUGAACCUGCCUCGGCGGUUCGAACUGGAGUACCAAGUCGCGGAAGGGGAGGAAGACUAUAACCCGGAUACACCCGGAAGAGCAACGCCCGUCAUGAUUCACCGGGCUAACUUUGGCUCUCUGGAGCGUUUCCUCGCCUUGCUCAUUGAGCAAUACUCCGGCCGCUGGCCGUUCUGGCUAUCUCCUCGGCAAGGCAUUAUUUUGACAGUAAACCAGGACGAUGCUGUUGUAAACCAGGCGCACGAAGCUGCGGCAAAGAUCUCCGGAUUUAAAGCUCUCGACCAAAGCGCGGCCGAUGGAAUCCCUAAGCCUCUGUCAGCUACAGACUCCACGUUUAUGAUCGAUGUCGAUGCGAGCCCGCAGACGCUCAGCAAGAAGAUCCAGAGGGCCAAGCAGAUGAAAUAUAAUCUCGUUUUUGUCCUCGGCCCGAAGGAUUUAGCAGAGUCUCGGAUCACUGUUGAUGUUACGGGCCAGCUGAACAGCAAACCUGACCGGAGUGCCGAGACGCUGCGGGCAGUGCUAGCCAAACAGGUCGGGGAGAAAGCUCUGCAGAAACCACGAGCGAUUGCAUUGCCGGUUGACCAAGUUCAUAAUUUACUGGUGCAGCUGGACAAGCACUUUGUAUGA